CUCACACACACACACACACACACACACACACACACACACUCUCUCUGCUGCUCGCGGAUCUGUUCUCAUCUGAGGACCGGAGCUGUGGUGAGGAUGAACCCUGUGUGCGCGCGCUGCGGGAAAACCGUCUAUCCGACCGAGAAGAUCAGCUGCCUCGACAAGAACUGGCACAAAGGCUGUUUCCACUGUGAAAUGUGUAAGAUGACACUCAACAUGAACAACUACAAAGGCUACGACAAGAAACCCUACUGUAACGCUCACUAUCCUAAGACGUCGUUCACUAUCGUGACAGACACACCGGAGAACCUGCGUCUGAAGCAGCAGAGUGAACUACAGAGUCAGGUGAGAUAUAAGCGAGACUUUGAGGAGAGCAAAGGCCGAGGCUUCAGUAUCGUCACAGACACACCGGAGCUGCAGAGACUCAGAAGAACACAGGAUCACAUCAGUAAUGUAUGAAACACUGAUCACUAUACCGCCUGUGUGAAUGUGUGUGUGUGUGUGUGUGUGUGUGUGUGUGUGUGUGAGAGAGAGAGUCUGAGGUGCUGUUUGGUCUCUGAUAACAAACACACAACAUCACACUACUGUCACUGAAUGAAAAUGAGCGGUCCUCAUUCCUCCAGCGACUGAAGCGACUCUGAGAUCACGCCGAGACGCAGGUGAGAUGAUCUUCUGUCUUUCGCUCUGAUCAUGUUCUCAGGAUUCAUAAUAUCUCCAGAAUAACGUCCCUGAUGAAAGAUUCUUG